AUGGGCUGGGCUGGGCCGGGCUGGGCUGGGCGGUUAUGGGCUUGGCCCAGCCCAUCAGGUGCUCUGUAUCGUCUUAUACGUCGAGUAAAACACACCAUUUUUCUUCUUACACUAGCCAUGACUGAAAAGCAUACAGGUCAUAAUUACGCAACAGCAAACGCAGAGCACUUUUCAGAACGUGCACGUAGUUACCGUACUGAACUGCUCGAAGAAUUGGCAAGACGAUGUGCUACAAGUAUUCAAAAAAUAUAUCCAUUUGAUGUGAAUACAACAGAAGUACUCGAUUUUGCUUGUGGACCUGGUCUUGUUGCCUUCGAGCUUUUGCCAUACACCAAACGUAUAGUGGGCGUUGAUUCAGCACAAGGAAUGGUCGAUGUUUUCAAUCAUGAUGCUCAAAAAAAGAACAUAUCACUGGAUAAAAUACAUUGUGUCAAAAUCGAUUCACUUAAAGGUGAUCAAUCUGAUGUCGAUGGACAACUAUUCGAUGUUGUUAUUUGUGUACAAGCGUAUCAUCAUUUUGAAGAUCCAACACAUAUCACCAAUGCACUUGCUCAACGACUCAAACCAAAAGGACGUUUGAUUGUCAUCGACUUUGCCGAUGAUGAAGGAACUCAAACUAUUCUUACGCGCAAACGCGAAGGUGCACACAUUCAUACAGUUGCUCAUAAACAUGGUUUUUCAUUCGAACAAAUGACAGAUAUGUUUAAAUCAGCUGGCUUACAAGAUAUUCAUGCAGAAUAUGGUUUCAAAAUAUCAAAAUCUGAAAUGAAGUCUUAUCAAGGUCAUGAACUCUUUGGCAAAGCACUGGAUGGUGAUGACGAUAUUUCAUUGCAAUAUUUCGUAGCACAUGGGGAGAAACAAUCAUAA